AUGGCGUUCAUGUUGUUCAUGGUACUAAUGGCAAUUUAUGUGGUUUUCGUGAAUUAUUCAUAUUACGAGGGAGGAGAUGUGGUUGGUGAGAAUUGGAACUCCGGCAGAUCCAUCGAUUAUCAAUGGUGGUCUAUCGGAGUCGGGGACAGUAUCCGUAAGUAUACUUCACCGUUUGUCGCUCAAGAUGGAAAAAUGGUCAAGUGCUAUAACUGCUAUGACCCGGGAUUUUCCAAUGAUUUGGUGCAAGUUCGUGGCAUAUCAGAGUACGAUUCAUGCAAUACAGAAAACCCAAUCGCAACAUAUACAUCAGGGGAAGAUAACAUCACAAUCAAGCACCCGGGUCACUAUUUCUUUAUUUGCGGGUUUGAUCCAGAUCACUGCAAACUCAGAGGCAGGUAG